AUGGAUCGAGCAACGACUGAGGUUGGCGAGCAUUACCACAAGCUGAAGCGCCCAGACGACUUCCUUGCUCCCACAGCGGGCCCCGCACCUCGGAAGAACGACACCCCCCCUUCACGGCCUGCGGAAACGGCCAAGAGAACACUCGAAGAGGCCGGCAUCAGCGACGAUGAAGCAGACGAAGAGCCUAACAAAAGGUCGCGCCUGCGCAACGGGCCGGCUAGGUUUGGUAGAAAGGGUUAUCGUCUCCAGAACACGGAUAUCGGGAUGUCAUCGAUGUUCCCUGGGAUGUUAGAUGAGGGCGACGUGUCGGACGAUGCUACGAGUGAGGCGCUUGCUUAUCUCCGGAGUGUCAGGACUGAAGCAUCAACAAUACCAAACGUCCUCAUUGCUCCCCGAGGCUCAGACCACGAUAAACCUGAUCGCUCCAUGCUCGAGACCGGCCGCGGUGACUAUACCGUCAUAUACAGUGAAGGCACAUGGAUUGCCCGGGAUCCUACACCGGAGGAAUACUCGCAAGGAGAUUGGUCGGAUCAAUACGAAGAUUUGGAUCCGCAAGAGCAGUACUACCGUGCAUUGCUGCAGCGCUAUCAGUCUAUGCGGAAAAUGUUAAACGAUAUCCAUCCCACAUCACCGAACCCCCCGGAUCGGCCAACUUGCUCCAAUCUCAGGAUAGCCACCAUAAUGCCCACAAGCCGGCAUCAAUGGCUUUACACCCUCGACCGCGAAUACCCCAGCCCGUCUCUGCUCCGCAAAAUGAGCACCUUGGAUGUCUUCAUGGGCCUUCGCUUCUGCACCGAUAGCCUUGACAGGUUCAAAGCUAUCACGAAGCCGAAAAGUUGCUGGAUUUGGGCGCUGCUGGCCAGGGCGCCGGAGUCGGGAACCCUGGACUAUAGGGCGUCUGGCUGUAUUAGGGAUUUGGGGCAUAAAGCCGGGCAGUUUGGCAUGAGGUUGAGGACGGAUGAUGGGAGGGUUCUGCGCGGGGAUGGUGGGGAGCAGCGUGAGAAGGAGAGGGGGCAUGGUGGUGGUGACGAGGAAGCGGCUGUUGGAGAGGAAGAGGAGGGAUGGGAAGCAUCUGAGAUGGAUAUACUCGAAGAACCUAACGGUGUACCCGCGCCCUCUAUGGCAUUGCAGGAAAGCACGAAUGGUGACACCGGAAACCAACACGAAUCUACCUCCCAGUCCGACGCAGAAAUGUCCAUCUCAGAAGACGAAGGCGAAGCGGACGAAGAUCCGUCCGCAAAACUGGAAUCGGCCCGCGCACGUCUUCUUGCACAAGUCAGCGGCAGCGAACAUCUCCCUCAAUCCGAGAAGCCGAACCCGUCACCCCCAGGCCAAAAGCAGGCGCCCGUCACUAGCGACGAUGAACCGAAGACCCUAGAAGAAGCUCGAGCACGGCUCCUCGAGCAGCUGGGAGAUCGUUUGGUCAAGCCGCAAGGUACUGGAAGGUCAAAUGACGACAAGCCAUUCGCAUCUCGCGCGGAUGCAGAACGACACCGUCGAGGGAAGGAUAUAUCAGAAGCCUCAAGGGGUAUGCCGCAUGACAGUACCAAGCCUACCUUCGUGGCUUCGGAGAUUGAGUAUGCAGGGCCGGACUUGAAUACCAGGGCAACGAUCGAUAUGAUUCUUACGGUCGUGGCGGAGUGCUAUGGGCAGAGGGAUCUGCUGAGGUUUAGAGAACUUUGGGAGUGA